AGGCCGUCUCCUUCCCACCACGCCAGUGCCAACAACUUAUAAUCUUGGGAACCCAGCACUCGAAACCAUGUCGUUGAUGAUACAGCUCCUGCUAUUCCUCAAAGCCGGUUUCGCGCCAAUACCCCUAUACCGGCCCAAGUGAUAGCGGACGGAAAGCAGGGAUCUCGCCAAGGCACUGCGACAUUGCCAAUCGUACCAGCAAUCGACCACCUUGGCUGACACGUCGAACCGCACACGCGCUUGAACGGGGCGAAUUCCCUACAAAACAAACGCGAGCGUGCACUUCACUCUCCGCAGUCAUGGCUUCCCCGAAUAGCAACGUACCUACGCCGGUACCGUUCCCUCAGCCCGAGGGCAUUCGCAACCCCAAUGCAUCGAGCCCUACCGCAGAGUCACCCUCUACCAAGACUCGCGAACGAACCUCCACCAAUACCUCGAUCGUCUCGAACAAAAUCCGUACCGCGACUGGCAAACUGAUGGACGUAAACCCGCCGCCCGGCAUGUGGGCAGCCACGGGAACCACUGCCGCCAAAGCACCCUCGAUAUCGGACAUUAGAAAGGGUUCGUUUGGUUCUGACGGAUGGAACGAAGAUUCGCAACGGAAGAGAGCAGGUUCACGAACAAGCCAGAACGAGCAGCGGUCGCGCGCUUCCACCAACGCGGCAUCACCGAUAGAUCAAUCUGAGCGUCCGUCCUUCGGUGGUCAGCGCAAGGUAUCGUCGAGCAACGCAUUGAACACUGAACCCUUUCCUGCUCUGGCUGAGGAGGAUACACGACAAGUCGCGGGGUACGAUGGCCAUGACGAGCGCCUCAACACUGGCAUACAAUCAAAGCACGACUCCGAUACCGCGACAGAGCACUUUGACGACGAUAGGCCGCAGCAGCUGAAACGGACAUCCUCUGGACGGUACGCCAACGGCUACGUACCACCUCCCAAGUUGCCGUGGAAGCGGUCGUUCAUGAUCGGUCUUAAGGGCUUCUGGAAGUGGUUCCUCACACCCGCCGGCUUCCUCAUCACGCUUUACGGCCUGAACGUCGUCGCCUGGGGCGGCAUGCUCUUCCUCCUCCUCUGUAACGCCGCACCCGCUAUGUGUACACCUACCUGUGACGAUAUCAAUUCCCCUCGCCGUAAGUGGGUCGAGUAUGACUCGCAAAUCCUCAACGCACUCUUCUGCGUUACAGGGUUUGGUCUUGCGCCUUGGAGGUUCCGUGACCUAUACUAUUGGGCUUGCUGGAGAAUCGGAGGUUCAGCCCGCACAGAGACGGGCAUCAGACGUCUUGCUGGCAUACACCGAGGAUGGUUUCGGCUCCCAGGUUCAGAGCGGUUGCCUGACAAAGCAGGUGCAACCGUCGUCGAUCCCGAAGAUCCAGCUGUACCAAUUCCCGUCCAGAUGAUCCCCGACCCACCACCCACGGCGAUUCGCGCCCCACCCACCAAGAGUUGGAAGAUGGAUUUCGUCAUCUGGAUGAAUGUAUGGAACACCUUCUUUCAGGUGGUUCUGUGCUUCUACAUGUGGCACUAUAAUCGUAUCGACCGUCCAUCAUGGGCCACAGGUCUGUUUGUGGCACUAGGUUGCGGCGUGGCGGGUGCUGCAGGCAUCAUGAUGUGGCACGAAGGCAAGAACGUCAAGAAAGUCGAAGGCGUGCCCAUGCGUAAGGAUUAUGGAGACCAGCGAGACGACGAAGAAGCGCAGAACAUUCCGCUCGUGACCACAGGUGUGGCGACGAAAUCCUGAGAAAUCUGCCCAGCGCCUUGUGUGUCGUGCAGGCAGAGAGGCUGAGAGUGCUCAUUGGAGCGGGAGCCUGUUCUUUCCUUCUUGGCGUUUGGUCUAGCUGUGGCGUUGCGUCGAAAACAGCAUAGACAUAUUUUCACGAUCGAUACCCCAACAGCCCACGGGCAUUACAUUACCACUAUCCAAUAGCGUACUCUAGCCUUUUCUGAGUCAACGGUUCUCUGUUUUUCUUUCAUCACGUCAGCGUUCCGUUGCGCAAAAGAAGGUGCCGGAAGUUCCCUCCGGACUUUGCCAUAGAU